CUAUGGCCUAAUGACGCCUAGUGUGUUUUCCCCUUCAAAACAGGGAUCCAUUUCCUGAAUAACAUGCAAAUAUCUUAAUAUUACUCUCUUUUUUUAUUACAGUGAGAGUAUUGUUUAUAAGACAUAAGAAAAUGUAACUAUGAAAUGCAAAAUUGUAGGCCUAUUCAACGCAGCCAUGUCGAAUGAUCUAUAUCGUUAUGCUGUAUAUUGUCACGUUAUCUACACCACGCAUCGCGUUCUGUUUGAAAUUACAAAAAAAAGGACAGAGCACCAAACAAAUCUCAUAAGGAAGCCAUCUAUUUGCUUUCAGACACAGCAGAUCUCGGAUCAGUACGUCCCGAGUACGUCAAGCUAUGGCAUCAUCAAGCCAAUCAGAUCGCGGGACGCGCGCGAGCGUGUUGUGGUACAUGUGCGCGACGGAAGCGAGUGACAUGAGAAGUGCAUUAUAUUUCACGCACCAGAUGAAGUCAUACGCGAUCCUCAUUUUCCACAUUUGACUGGCUAUCAACGAGGACCAUGGCCUCCUCCGACCAUGACCAACAGUCCCUGCAGACUCAGAAACACUACUUGUGCGGUUCCGUCGCAGCGUUCGCCAACAUCGUCAUCACGUUUCCCAUACACAAGGCGCUGUUCCGCCAGCAGUUGUUCGGAGUGCAGACGUGGGAAGCCGUGCGCCAGCUCCAGAGGGACGGUUUGCGCACGCUGUACCGCGGCAUCCUGCCACCUCUACUGCAGAAAAGCAGCACUAUAGCCAUUAUGUUUGGUCUCUAUGAGGACUUCUCCAGGUUGCUGCGGCUGCACGCUCCUCAGAGCCCGGUCCUGUUAACGGACAGCAUCGCAGCAGUUUUAGCGGGAACAGCUGAAGCAGUCUUAACGCCUUUCGAGAGGGUCCAAACUCUACUGCAGGACCCGCGUCAUCACGGAAACUUUCAGAACACCGCGCAUAUUUUUCGCGUUUUGCUUCAACAACAUGGCAUCCGAGAGCUUUACCGUGGCCUUGUUCCAAUCCUACUCAGAAAUGGCCCUAGCAAUGUUUUUUUCUUUGGCUUGCGUGGACCCAUUAAGGAACUGCUCCCUGAAGCCGAGACAAAGGCAGCGCACUUGGUUAACGACUUUGUAUGUGGAGGGAUUCUGGGAGCGGGUCUCGGGGUGGUGUUUUACCCUCUCAAUUUAGUUAAGUCUCACGCGCAAGUACAGAUCGGAGGGGAGUUUCGGUCCUGCAGGGUGAUACUGGCAAACGUUUUGAGAGAGAGGGACAGGAAGGUGAGCCGUCUGUUUCGUGGUGUGCAUUUGAACUUCCAGAGAUCCGUUUUCUCGUGGGGAAUCAUAAAUGCUACGUAUGAACUUUUGCUGAAAAUGCUCUGAUGGAGAUGGUUCAGAGAAAAGAGUGGAAAAGAAGUCUUCCUCCUUCUAUUUCUGCUGCUAAAACCACAGCAUUAUAAACGGCACGUUUACUUGAAGUGCGACAUUUAAAGGGUUCAAAAUUGGGAUGAUAAAAAGUUUUCAUUUCUUUGCUGUCAAGGCUGUCUAAAAACGC